AACUAGCUGGCUGUAUUAAAUCCGACACCACCGUUCAUAAUAAUAUAUCUGCACCGCUCGCAAGGCCAACGUCAAAGAAAGCCAAGUUUUCCUUCCUUUUGGUAUUACACCAAUGGAUCGAAAUCCAAGCGAGAUUAACAUGGAAGAUGAAAGUGAUAACCGAUAUGCAUGCAUUCCAAAAUUAGAUGAUUACAGUGCUUCACCGACAUUUGGAUUCGUCGAGGAAUCGCCUUCGCUUGAUCUUCCUGAAUACUUUCAGCCAUGGGUUGAAUUGGCCACCCAUGUUGAAGAACUUAUAAGGAAUGGCCAGAUCAGGAGAGAGAUACAACAGCUCCCUAUUCUGGAUCACACCCGACUACAAAGCCCCCAGGCCCACAAAGCAGCAAUGGUGUGUUUAGUGGCCAUUACACAAGCGUAUGUAUGGUGUGAAGGGGAAGAUGGAAUUCCAGAGGUCCUGCCAAGAUGUGUUGCAGUCCCCUUCACAGCUGUUGCAGACUAUCUUCAUAUAUCACCAUCUCUCACCUCUUAUGGUUUUGGGCUUAUUAAUUGGAAACUUCAAGAUCAAAAAGGAAAAGUGGAACUUGAUAAUAUAGAAACGCUUAUUCAAAUCUGUGGAGGUCAAGAUGAGUCCUGGUUCUUCUGCACAGCGACCCAGGUGGAAUUAGACUUUGCUCCAGCCUUGUGCAGUAUACUAGAAGCGCAAAAAGCUGUCAUUGACAGAGAUGUGGCAAAGAUGAUCAAAGAAUUGCAGACAAUUGAGGGGGCUAUAUUCAAUAUGAAAAACAGUCUUUGCCGGAUGACAGAUGGAUGUAGGCCUCAUGUAUUCUACAAUGUAUUCAGACCAUUUCUAGCUGGUUGGGAUGCCCCUGCCUUUAAGAAGAAAGGACUCAAAGGGUUAAUCUAUGAGGGGGUCAGUGAGGAGCCUCUCUCGUACACUGGAGGCAGUGCUGCUCAGAGCUCUACAUUGCCAUGUCUUGAUGCUGCAUUAGGUAUUACCCACCAAGGUUCAGAAGCUAAACUUUGCAAGUCAUUCCAGCAGUACAUGCCAAAGCCACACAGGGAUCUCAUAAAGGCAAUACAGGAUGGUCCAUCUAUUAAAGGAUUCGUCCAUGAAUGCGAAUCCUUGAAAGCGGUUGAGAGCUUCAACAAGUGCCUCAUGGCAGUCAAAGCUUUUAGAGAUAUUCAUAUCCAGGUUGUGACAAAGUACAUCGUUGCCAUGUCACAGCAGAAUGAUGUUAAUAAGAAGUAUUUGACACAACAUAAAGCUGGAACUGGAGGAUCAGGUAUUAUGACGUUCCUGAAGGGACUACGGGAUACCACCACAAACACCCUCCUGGGUAGAGAUCUCAGUGAUAACACUACAACAACGGAUGGAGUUACCAAGGCAACGUAUGGUGAUGUCAUUAAAGAUGAUGGAUGGAUGGGGUGGAAGAGAUUCAUUGGAUCUCUAACUGUCUGUGUAGUAGUUGCACUUUUUACUAUUUUGAUCAUAUGACGCCUCCUCCAAACUGUGUCAUGUAUGAUUUUUAUCAGCAUUACUUCUAAAAUUGUAUGCAGCUGUUUCAAAUCAUAAGUCGAUACUCACCUGGUGCUAGUCUGCAAGCACAGACCCUGAUACAAAAUUUGAUCAACAGGUACUAGUAGGUCUUCUCAUAAGACUAGCACAAAUACUUCUUGCUGUUUCAAUUUCAGGAGGGGAAUUCUGUACACAAGAUCACUGGCAGAGACCUUAGGCUGCAUAUUCAGACCACUUUAAUAACUUGCAUGAAGGGUUUGUACAGCAGACUAACCUGGUACAGCGGUCACAUUGUCUAAGAAGGGUGCUCCUCCAAGGGUGAGGCUUGUCACUGCUGAACCUCACAAUUCCCUCUAACAUAGGGAUCUCUUCAUAUGGUUAAAGGACACGUCCACCCCAACAAUAAGUUGAUUUGAAUAAAAAGAAAAAAAUUCAACAAGCAUAGCACUGAAAAUUUCAUCAAAAUCGGAUGUAAAAUAAGAAAGUUGUGACAUUUUAAAGUUUCGCUUAAUUUCACAAAACAGUAAUAUGCACAUCCUUUCUGGUAUGCAAAUGAGGGAACUGAUGACAUCACUCACUCACUAUUUCUUUUAUAUUUUAUCAUAUGAAAUAUUCUAAUUUUCUCCUCAUUGUCAAGUGAUACAACGAUUGAUUCCUCCCUGAACAUGUGGAAUUAGCAUUGUUUAAUACUAUAUGGUUCAGUCGAGUUGGUCCUUAUUGUCAAAUCUAUAAAAAAUGAAAUAUUGUAUAAUUCAAACAAUAAAAAACAAAAGAAAUAGUGAGUGAUGGACAUCAUCGACUGACUCACCUAGUUGCGCAUAUCACUGUUUUGUGAAAAAUAAGCGAAAAUUUAAAAUGUCAUAACUUUCUUAUUUUACAUCCGAUUUUGAUGAAAUUUUCAGCACUAUGCUAGUUUGAUUUUUCUCUAUUUAUUCAAGUCAACAUUUUCCUGGGGUGGACUUGACCUUUAAUGGUAGAGGAGAUCUUCUUUGACCCUACCUUGUUUUUAUAUGCCCGUCCUAGACGGGAUGUAUUAUGGUAUCACGCUUGGUGUCCAUCCGUCUGUCUAUCCGUCCUUUAACUUUUCCUUGUAAACAUGAUAACUUCAGUUUAACUUGACCUAGGCUCAUAUAAUUUAGUUUGUAUGAUACUAGCAUGAAUCCCAAGAAGCCUAUUGAUUAUUUGGUCAAAAGGUCAAGGCGCCACCCAUCACUUUUCUUGCUUGACCAAUAACUCCAUUUUCUGUGUUACAGGCGGGCAUAUUAUGUGCUCGCCCUAGUGACACUCUUGUUGUAUUUUAUGGAUGUGUCUCAUGGUGUAGUGGUCCUGAUCAUCACCUUGAAAUCAGUAGGUUAUGUGUUCAAAUCCCACCAAGGCACUUGCAUAGUCAUCAUUCCUUUUUUAAUAUUAUAUAACUAUAUUUGACGAAGAAUCAGAUUAUUCAGUAUUAUUCAAUACUCAAUGAAUUCAGUAUAUUAUUCAAAUAGCGAUAAUAAUAAUGGUUAAUUUCAUUUUCAUAGUAUACAUAGAUUUAAUUGGUAGUAUGAAAUAUAAUUCACCGUUAAUUCUCCCGUUCUGUUAUCAAAACAUACUUUCAGUUUAUUUUGAAGCACUAUAAAGGUCAUUUAAUUGUUUUAUUUGGAAAACAUAUAUCUAUGAUAAAAGAUAAUGCAUUGAAUUUCUUUAAAAUGAAAUUGGCUACCUUGUAUGAUUUGGUUCAGAUUUUUACAGAAAAUGUUCAUCUUAAAUUCUUAGUUUUCAAUUCAAGGCUGAUAUUGUUUUAUUUCUGAAGAGUAAGUUAUCAUCAAAAGAGCCUUAAUUAAUAUGUGUUUGUAUUCACAGAUAGUGUUAUCUGCUGUAUUUGUAUGUCUUUCAAAAUAAAUGCAAUCUGAUUGCUCAUAUUUUUAACAAGU